GGGGCAUGCUUUGGAUUAGGGUUUGCCCGCUCUCCGCCCUGGCGAAGGCUGAGCGCGUGGGAAUGGCAGCUCGAGGGGAUUUAGCAGCGGCGCCGCAUGAUCCGCCGUCCCGUGACUCUCCUCCCGCGGAGCUAGUGGGAAAACGACCGGAGGAAAGCCUGCGAGUCCGCGCUGGGAGGCGAAGAGCGGCUGCCGCGCCGUCCUCUCGCGCCGGCCAUGGCCUCUCCCAGGCUGGAGACGUUCUGCUGCCCCAACCGCGACGCGGCCACCGAGCUGGUGCUGACUUUCCGGCCGGAGGUCUUCUGCGGGGUUUGCCUGGGCAGCGCGUCCGUCGGCCUGGUGCUCAGCGCGCUGCAGCUCCUCCCCAAGAAGGGCCAAGGCCCGCGGAAGAUGCCGAAGGCGUCCUCCUCCACCACCAUCCUGCUCUUCAUCUCCGCCUGUGACAUGCUGGGCGCUCUGGGUAUAAUCUUCAGAUCAACAGUCUGGAUAGGGUUCCCAAGCUUUGUAGGAAACAUAUCUGUGGCGAAUGGGACAGAUGUUUGGCCUGCUGCCUUCUGUGUGGGUAGCGCGAUGUGGAUACAGCUCUUUUACAGUGCUGGUUUUUGGUGGCUGUUCUGCUAUGCUGUAGAUGCAUACUUGGUGGUCAGAAGAUCAGCAGGCCUAAGUACAAUUGUGUUAUAUCACAUGAUGACGUGGGGUUUGGCAGUCCUACUGUGCGUAGAGGGAAUUGCGAUGCUCUACUACCCUUCGGUUUCUAGUUGUGAAAACGGCCUGGAGCAUGCGAUUCCUCAUUAUGUCACGACAUACGUUCCACUGGGACUUGUUUUGGUGGCCAACCCAAUCCUUUUCAGUCGAACAGUAACAGCUGUUGCAUCUUUACUGAAAGGAAGACAAGGAAUCUACACAGAGAAUGAAAGACGGCUGGGAACAGAGAUCAAAGUUCGCUUUUUCAAAAUUAUGCUGGUGGUCAUUGUUUGCUGGUCAUCAAACAUUAUAAAUGAGGGACUUCUGUUCUACCUGGAAAUACAGCCAGAUAUCAAUGGAGGCCUUUUGAAAAACAUUCGAAAUGCUGCACUGAUCACAUGGAUUAUAAUGGGAGUACUGAACCCAAUGCAAGGCUUCCUCUUCACACUGGCGUUUUAUGGAUGGACUGGUUGGAAGUUGGACCUGCAGUGGCAGAAAAGUGAGAUCCCAUGGGAGUCCAUGUCAACGUCAGCUGCUGCUGAGAAUGCCUAUGCCUUGCCAAGCGGAAACUCUGUGAACUUCCAUGACUCAAAGAAAACACCAGUAGCACCAAACCAUCAGACUGAUGAAGCCUUAAGCAUGCUGUCUGAAGGUAACCUUGGCAGUGAUGAUAGGCUAACGAGGAACUCCCCUGUCUACCAGGGAUGGUUCUGAUGCUAGCACAAUUGAAAUCCACAUCUCAAGUGGAACCCAUGAAUUAAAUGGUAAUGAUGCUGAUGUUGAGUAAUUGGAAAAGGAUUGAACUGAGGAGCUGGAACCUUAAACAUGCCAUCGAGGAGUGACUCCCUAUUUCUUCCUCCUCUGAAAAUAAGAUUUCCCACCAUUCUUCCUGCACCAGUCCACUCACAAGCCUCAACACUAUGCUUGUUUAACUUUUAACAUUUUCUACUCCUCAGACUAUGAAAAAACAUGGAGACAGCCUGUGUUCAGAGUCAGAAGCAACUGUUAAUAAUCUAAUCUACUUAAGUCACUGCCAUAUCUCACUUUUUGCUACUGAAUUUGUUUGGGUCCAUACCAAAUCCAGCAUAUCAGAGCAAAUACAACAUACAGAAAAAGUACAA